AUGGUGCCAGAAGUAACCAGUCUUCCAUAUAAUGAUGUGUAUACAGACCCAAAGAAAGAAGGUGAUGAGAAAAAAGAAGACAGGCAAAAAGUAUACCAGGUUUGGCUGAGUAUUGAGCUGUCAAGGCGAAGGCAUCAAGUUUUAAAAUUUCAAAAUACUGGAAGCACUAAACCAUACCAAAAAGCUGAUGCUAUUAUUGAUGUAAUUGAUAGUGGCUUUCUAAUUGGACAGAAGAAAUACCACAAACCAAGUUUUGAACUCCAAGACUCCCAGUCAUCUCCUCACUCUGUGGAGUUUAAAAAGAAAUAUAGUAAAGACCUGAAUCAGGCUCAGCAUUUAAAUAAAAUGGACAUUCCAUUUGUUCUGGGUGUAAUGGCCAGCAAGCAAAAGUUGUACUUACCAAAUCAACAAGGAAUGUUUCAGUGUAUCAAGGACAAGACCCAGAUUCCUCUUGACCAGAUUAAUGAUGAUUUUUGUGAUUGUUUAGAUGGUUCAGAUGAACCAGGCACUUCAGCUUGUUUAAAUGGCAGGUUUUAUUGCACUUUCCAACCUAAGCAUCAUGAAGGACCCAUUUUUAUUGUGUCUAGCAGAGUUAAUGAUGGAAUAUGUGAUUGUUGUGAUGGGAGCGAUGAGUGGCUUAUGAAACAGCCUCCAUCCCAUGUCCAAAUUUCAGAGGCUAACCAAGUCCAUCUGGGAGUGGACCAAGUUCCAUGUCAUAACCGUUGUCCCAGCAUUUAAAGUGAAUAAUUAAAUGAAGAAUGGUUUAUUUAUAGGAGUUUCUAUCUGCAGCUGCCAAAAGCACUUACAUUCAAAUCAGGAAGCACAAAACUAGUCAUGAUUAGACAGCAGGUACAAGGUGCUACUCACAAAGUAUCUUUUUCAAAGAAGCAUGAGCUUGUUUUUGAUGUCCCACUUUUGAUGGCUUAAAACAUUAUCUAUGAAUUUGUAAUCAUUUCAAAAUUGGGAAUACAUCUGGCUUGUGAUUCUCAUUUUUAAUCUUUACUGCAUCUUUACAUUUGCUAUAAAGAAAGGUUUAAGUUAAUGUAAGUAACUUAUCCUUAAUAAAUAUAUUUACAAUAUUGUAUGUAACAUGAUGAGAUUGGUAUUAUUUUGUUGUGCAAAUUACAAUCAAAUAGAAAAUUUUAUCUUAAAAAGGUGCCAACUGAAGGUUUUAUUGACCACUAAUUUUAAAAUUGGCACCAUAAGGACAAAGAUGAUCUGACAGGACAGAAGAGUGGAAUGCAGAAAAGUAAAGUUCUAAAAGCUCCCAAAGUUUUGAAUAUGCAUUUUUUAAAAUUUCAUGUUAGAUUUCUUUUUCUACAACAAAUGUUCCAUGCUGACACCUUUUAGUAUAUUUAUAAGUGACUUAAUACUGCUGCAUUUCUGAUAAUCAGACAGUACACUUUAUGCAUUGAAAUAAUGAUGGUCUGGGGUUAUAGACUAUAAGGGAAGUGUAUGUAGAGUUUUAUUUUUACUUUGAGCAGCUUUGGAAAUUGUACAUCACCUGAGCAAAUAAAGUAAUGCACAAUAUGUGAUACAAAGAAGAAUUUCUAUUUUUUUUUGUUUGAAAGAAUUGUGUAUAAAUUAUGAUUAUUGUAUUUGUUGUUCCAUACCUCAGUUUAACAGUUUGGAACUUCUUUAGAAUUGUAAUUCAAUUUUAAUUGAUACUGAUAUUUAACAUUGAUGGACUUUUUAAGUUGCAGGUCAUAACAGGUGUAUAUGUGUCUGUAUAUAUAUAUAUAUAUGUAUAAAACUUGGAAGAUAAGAUAGAUAUACAUGUAUCUUCAAGAGAAUGAAAUAAUCAUUGACUUAUUCUUACUUGUAUUCUUCCAUUUUAACAAAUGUUUUUUUACCAGACAUAACAAUCAGUCAAACUGAAAAUAACAAUGCAUUAGAUGCAGUUUAAGUCAAAUACAA